AUGGCGUCCACCUCCUGCUUCCUCCACCAGUCCACCGCGCGCCUGGCCGCCUCGGCGCGCCCUGCGCCCGCCGUCGGGCGCACCCAGCUUUUCGUCUGCAAGGCGCAGAAGAAUGACGAGGCUGCAUCUGACGCUGCCGUCGUCACCAGCCGGCGCGCCGCGCUGUCCCUCCUCGCCGGUGCCGCCGCCAUCGCCGUCAAGGUCUCCCCCGCCGCCGCCGCCUACGGAGAAGUUGCAGCCAACGUGUUCGGCAAGGCGAAGAAGAACACGGACUUCGUGGCGUACAGCGGCGAGGGGUUCAAACUGAUGAUCCCGGCCAAGUGGAACCCCAGCAAGGAGCGUGAGUUCCCUGGGCAGGUGCUCCGCUACGAGGACAACUUCGACGCCACCAGCAACCUCUCCGUUAUAAUCAACCCCACUACCAAGAAGACCAUCACCGACUACGGUUCCCCUGAGGAGUUCCUCUCCCAGGUCGGCUUCCUCCUCGGCCAGCAGUCCUACGGUGGCAAGACCGACUCCGAGGGUGGGUUCGAGUCAGACGCUGUGGCGACGGCGAACGUGCUGGAGAGCUCGGCGCCGGUGGUGGACGGUAAGCAGUACUACAGCAUAACGGUGCUCACGAGGACCGCGGACGGAGACGAGGGAGGGAAGCACCAGCUCAUCACCGCCACCGUCGCCGACGGCAAGCUCUACGUCUGCAAGGCGCAAGCCGGAGACAAGAGGUGGUUCAAGGGCGCCAAGAAGUUCGUCGAGAACGCCGCAGGAUCCUUCAGCGUCGCAUAA